GUGAUUGUCUCCAGAGGUGGCCGCUUCCUGGAAGCCCCAGUCUCAGGGAACCAACAGCUAUCCAACGAUGGGAUGCUGGUGAUAUUAGCAGCCGGAGACAGAGGCUUAUACGAAGACUGCAGUAGCUGUUUCCAGGCGAUGGGGAAGACUUCUUUCUUCCUAGGAGAAGUAGGCAAUGCUGCCAAGAUGAUGCUGAUCGUGAACAUGGUCCAAGGAAGCUUCAUGGCCACAAUAGCAGAGGGACUGACUUUGGCUCAGGUCACUGGUCAGUCCCAGCAGACCCUUCUGGACAUCCUCAAUCAGGGACAGCUGGCCAGCAUUUUCCUGGAUCAGAAGUGCCAAAAUAUCCUGCAAGGAAACUUCAAACCUGAUUUCUACCUGAAAUACAUCCAGAAGGAUCUCAGAUUAGCCAUUGCACUAGGCGAUUCUGUUAAUCAUCCAACUCCAAUGGCAGCUGCAGCCAAUGAGGUCUACAAACGGGCAAAAGCUUUGGACCAGUCUGAUAAUGACAUGUCUGCUGUGUACAGGGCCUACAUCCACUAGGCUACCUUCUCCUAAUUGUUAAUACUAUGAUUAAUUAUAACGAUGAAUACUGGGUUUUAACUCUGGACCAGUCCAUCUUUGUCUCUCUCUCUCUCUCUCCUCUCCCCUUAUUCCCACCACCCAUUUUCUUUCUUUCUUUUCCUUUUUAAUACAAAAAGAAAAAAAUAUCCCUCUUUUGAGAUCUGCCACAAGGACAGUUGCUACAGUAGGCCUUCCUGUGCCAGCUAGCUGCAGUAGAAGAGAUUGGACCACACAUCUCUUGCCACCCCUUGGGAGUCAUAGAAUGGAAUAUCUCCCCCCCCCCCCCCCAAAUAAUGCUGCUUGGCUUUAAUCCUGGUUCUCAUUGUAUUUGUGUCCCUGGGCAUUUUAAGUUCUUUCCAGCUGCUGUUUCACUAAUUUGCUGUGGAUAAAUAUAUAUAUAAAUAGAGUUCUCUUGCAUAGUCAAGACAGUUGAGAGGCGGAUGUCCCUUUACCUGGGUGGCUGUGACAAUUGGGGUGGGAUUCUGGCACACCUGUGUUCUUUGUCCCUGGAGAAAAAGAUUAGAAUAAAAGGUGUGUGUGGGGGGGGCUAAAUUUAUAUAGCGCCUGGCCAUAGUUCCCUAACAGAAGAAGAGGGUUUUACAUCCAAGCCUUCUCCAUGGAAACAGCUUUUGUAAUUAAGCCUUUUACUUAAUUCCAAUUCAAAGUGAGCCUCUAACAUGCAGGAUAUCUCUACAGGCUCUUAAUUCCCAAAUGGUUUAUCCAUUCUGAAAGCAUCUGUAAAAUGCUUUGACCAGCCUGUGAUUUCCCAGAAUGGGCAUUUACCAAAAAAAAAAAAAAAAAGAGGUAGAACUUCUAGAGUCUUUCUUCAGAUUCACCUUGAAGAAUCAGCACCCUGAAUGUAUGAAUCUUUGCUCCUCUAAUAUUCGCAAGGAUGAUUUGGGUCUUGAGUGUUGCCCGAUAAUCAGAAAAAAACAGAUCGUUUGAUAUGAAGAAUUUUGACUUCCCUGUUUUUCUUUCGGAAAAACUGAAGAUAGGCAUAACGUGAAGUAGAAAUGCUGCUUGCAAGUAAUGUAAUGAAAGAUUCAGCAAGCCAUGGACUGAUACAGAUUAAUUCUUUGUCAGAAUGACAAAGUAGUCUUAAAAUACAGGGAUGCCUCAACAUAUUCCAACAAAAUUGUAAUGUUUUUUUUUUUCAGUCUCAAAAGUCAGUAUUAAUCUUGAGAGAAAAGCCCUUUGCUCAAGCUACAUCAGAAAAGGUUGGAAACAAUUCUGGGUUCAUGCAGAGACUUUCACAUUUGCAUAAACAGAGCUCAAGAACUCAGCACCCAAAUACCUAGUCCGUUUAAUUGCGCAUUUCAGACCGGUGAACUUCUCUUGCCAGUAUUUAAACUUUCAAAAUGCAAAUGUGACAUCCAUCUCUUUGAACCUUGGGUUGAUCUCCAAGCUCUGGAUAUGCUGACCCAUUCUGAGUUCAGGCAGAGAAGACUCAGAGUUUUAGUUGCUAUAUUAAAAGUUUAGUUGAUAUAUUAAAAGAGUAGGACUGACCCUACUCUGCUCUUGCUACAGCACAUAUUCCUUACAUAGGUUUUCUUUCCUUCUGUGGUACAGACAAUCCACCUUAAAAAAAAGGACAUUGUUUUUUGUCCAGGGGUUUCAUAGCUAUUGGCCUGCUUUUUCCACACAGUGAAGUGUAUCUUGCCAAUGGAAAUGAGCUCCUUAUGAGUAAAAGUGAAGCUUUUAAGGACUAGUAUCUGUCAGGAAGAGCAGAUAGAUAUGGGAUAAGAUGACCUCAUUCCAGAUGGUGGUUCUUAAGGCAGUAAAUUACACACCAGGAAGUUACUCUUCCAAAGACCUUCUAAAGCAGGGAUUUCAACCUCGACUACUUUUAAGACCGAUGGACUUCAGCUACCAGAAUUCCCCAGCCAGCAUCGUUAGGGAAUUGAAUUCUCGGAGUUGAAGUCCAUCGAUCUUAAAGUUAGACACCUGUUGUAAAGAUUGUCAGGAAGAGGACAGGGAGAUCCUUCUGAGAGUUUGUGAGAACCUUGCAGAACCUGAGCAGAAAUAGUUCCCAGAAUACUUUAUUUUGUCUCCCUAGCAAAAAUAAAUAAAAAAUCCAGAUGGAACUAGGAACUGCAAUGUUAAGAGAACUGCAGCGUCUUCCAUUCAAUCUCUCUUAUCUUGUGGUUUCUCUUGUCAGAGAGGGGAAAUAUCUCCUGGAGGGGUGCGGUCCUUUCUGCAGCACUGCACGGUUAGUGAUACCCCAAGGGGGGGCAACAGCUCAAAACGCUAACAAGAACUUGGAACUGCUGGCUCAUCUCAUGCCUUUUUUUUAGAAGGACACCAUUAGUCUACCAGUUUUACAUUUGCUAUAUAUUUGCUGGUUUAAGGUGCCAUGGGACUCCUUUUCCUACUCAGCCUUUCUGCUCUUGAGAGCCAACUUUGAUCAGUUCUCAGUUGGGGUGUCCUUAAAAUCCAACUGGCACAAUGGCGCAGGAGGGGAGAAAGCGUUUGUUACAAGAGGAAUACGAUGGAACUGGCUUAGUCAUUGUUGUCUUAAUAUUGUUGACAAUACUGUAAAGUUUCUUUUUUAAAAAAAAACACAAAUGGGAUUUCUGUUUUAGCAGUUGCUUUUUUUGUUGUUGUUCCCUCCUUUUUCAAGAUUAAAAAGAUAUUUACACUUGUGGAGAGCUUGUAAGAAAAAAAGCUGUUUCUUUUAAUUCCUUCUCCUUUGAUGAAUGAUCUAUAUAGGUAAUUAAGGUUGUGAAUUUUUUAUUUUUUAUUUUUGCCUUGUUUUUAAUUAAUGUUUUGUCAUUUGGAUAGGAUGUGUGGUGAUGAUUUAAAUGGCAAACACAGACAAAAUGAUUUUUUUUCUUGUGCAAUUAACAAAGCUACUGGCAAAAGGAAAUAAAACUUUUCUUGGUAACACAAUACUA